UAGGAUUUGAAGUUUUUUGUGUUUAAAUAUGGCCAAAAAGAGGAAGCCUCUUUCUCAAAUAGCCCCAACUGAUGGUGAACCAUCAAAUAAAAAAAUAAGAAAUGAAGAAGAAACUGAAGUUCAGCAAAGACCUGGCAGUAUACUCUACAUGGCAUUAAAGAACUUCAUGUGCCACUCAUUUUUGGAAGUUAAUUUCACUAAUAACGUUAGUGUGGUAAUUGGUAAAAAUGGAAGUGGGAAAAGUGCUAUUUUAACAGCACUUAUUGUUGGACUAGGAGGAAAAGCAAGCUUGACAAAUCGCGGAACAAGUGUUAAAGGUUUUGUAAAAGCUGGAAAACCUUCUGGCUCUAUAGAAAUUCACAUUUACAAUGGGGGCCCAUCGGGAUACAAGCCAAACACUUAUGGAGAUAAAAUUAUUAUCAUAAGAAAUAUUAAUUCUUCUGGUGGGGGAAACUACAGAAUUAAGUCUGAAAGAGGGGAAAUGGUUUCAACUUUGAACAAAGAAAUAAGAUGCAUCACAACUGCUCUACAAAUACAAGUUGAUAAUCCUAUUUGCAUUUUAAAUCAGGACACUUCGAGGAACUUUUUGAGUAGCAGUGAUCCCAAGCAAAAGUUUAUUUUGUUCAUGAGAGCUACCAGGCUCGAACAACUAUAUGAUGAAUACAAUAAAAUAAGUGGAAAUAAAAAGGAGUGUAUUAAAAUGUACACAAACAAAGAGCUGUCCUUUAAAAAGCUCCAAGAUGAACUCAAAAAACUAAAGAGGAAACUGGAGGGGCAAGACAUGAUUAUAAAUUUAAGAGAGAAAAAGAAUUUGUUGAUUUCCGAGUUAUUUUGGGCAAAAGUUAGAGACUCUGAAAAAGACUUGGAACAAAAAAAUACUCAACUAACAAGAAUUGAGAAGAAAUUGGACAAAGUAAAGGAUGAUAAAAGCAAAAAACAAGCAAAUAUAAAUGAGCUAGAAGAACAGAUAAGAACAUUGGAAAAUGACCAAACUGAAUUAAACGAUCAGAUAAAUGUUCAAAAACGUCCUCAGAUGGAUAUGAAAGCAAAAUUGGAUGAGGUGGUUUCAAUUUACAAUGACAAAAAGAAAGAAGGCGGCAAAAUUCGAACCGUUAUCGAGUCCAAAUCCAAAGAUGCCCAGUAUUUAGAACAAGAAAUAUCUAAUGCAAAUGAAAACUUGUCAAAAGUAGAGCAAGAAAAGAUGGAACGCCUAAACACACUAAAAAAAUUUGAAGAAAAAAUCAAGAAAACUGAAGACCACCUGCAAACAACAAGGAACGACUUGUUUCAAGUUUCAAGUGAUCUAUCCCACAAAGAAGGCGAAGAACAGAACAUAAUAGGUGAAAUAAGAAGCUUGGAGUCCAAAUUAAAUAACGAAGAAUUAAGCUUGCAAGCUUUGAAAAGGGAAUCUGGCAACACUUUGAUGCUAUACGGAAGGGAAAUGCCCACCAUUAAAAACUUGAUCAAGCAAAACAUGCACAGGUUUGUGCAUGAACCCAGAGGCCCAUUGGGUGUAUAUGUUAAGUUGAAGGAAAAAAAAUGGGCAGUGGCUGUGGAAGGUUACCUUGCAGGACUCCUAAACUCUUUUGCAGUUGAUAAUAACAAAGAUAAUGCAGUUUUGAGGGAGAUUUUUCAACAAGCCUUGCAUAAUCAAAGGCAACCUACUAUUAUUACUUCAAAGUUUAUUUUUAAGAAACACAAUGUUCAGGAGAACUUGGUCAGAGCCCCGCAGGACUGCGUCGGUCUGUACGAUGCCAUCGAAAUCGACGAUCCCGUCGUCUCGAACUGCAUCAUAGAUCAGGCGCGAAUCGAGAGCAUCCUGCUGAUUCCCAGCGACAUUCGAGCGCAGGAAUUGCUCUCCAAUCAGGCCAGGGUGCCCAGGAACUGCUCGCAGGCGGUCACGAUGAAGGGCGACAAGUACUAUCCCGACCCGAAUUACAAGAGUUACGGGUCCAGGUACCAUCAUGCCAAGUAUCUGCAGGUGGAUGCUAAAGAGCAUAUGGAGCAAAUGGCUAGAAACAUUGAAGAACUCAGGGCAGCCAAAGAUGCAAAGAAAACCGAUUUAAGGGCCUUCAAGCAGCACAUGAGCACCAAAGUGAAUGAAAAGCGCGAGUUGGAGGAAAAAAUUCGGCAACUAAACGAGGCGAAGCAUCGAGUAAGGCAGCAAAUUAAAGAAGUCACCUCCACUGUCGAGCCCGAAGUUACCAACGUUAACGUUUUGCAAACCGAAUUGGAGGAGGUGCAAAAUAUUAUUCAAGAAAAAACGGGGAGAUUGGAUGGCAUUAAAGGAGAGUUAACUGAACUAAAAGUUAAAAUAGGGGAAAUGGAAGACAAGAUACAGCAACUUAAAAAAUCCACCAAACAUUUGGAGGAAAGACUUGAUCCUAUUAAAGAAAAAAUACAUGAAUGUCAAAGCAGGAUCCAAGAAAUAUCUGUGGGAGAUGAAUUUUUUGACAGACACAUCAAAACAAUGACCAAGGAUUUAAAUCAAAUAAGAGCUGAGAUGGUUAUUAUUCAGAAUACAAUUCAAACUCAAACUACUGAGGCUCAGACUACAGGAGAUAGGCCAGAGAAAUUGAGGGAGGUUGUUGCCGUUUCUACCGAAAUAACAGAAAUAGAAAGAUCCAUUGCAAGAAUUGAGGUGGACACUGAUAACUCUCCAGACAUGGUGGACAAGUUCAAAACCCUAAAAAUAAAGUAUAACAAUAACACUGUCAUUAUGGACCAGUUGAAGGAAGAAAUCAGUGAACUAACUGUUGCUUUACAAAAAAGAAACAGGCAUUGCAAGUUUACUGAAAGCUACUUUAUUACCUACAUGAAGUAUUCAUUUAAAAAAAUAUUGGAAAGCCGUCAGUUCAAGGGUACCAUUAAUAUUGAUGUUCCUGGUAAGAAAUUGGAGUUGGUCGUUAUACCUCAAGAAGGUAGCCAAGGAAUGACCACAACGGCUAAUUUAUCAGGUGGCGAACGUUCCUUUUCCACUGUGGCUUUUCUUUAUGCAUUAUGGCAAUGCAUGGAUUUUCCAUUUUAUUUUCUUGACGAAUUUGAUGUUUACAUGGAUAAGCUAAACCGAACAAAAGUAUUUAAUAUUUUGGUAGGUCAUGCAAAUUCAAGACCAGAUUUACAACAUGUAUUUUUAACUCCUCAGGAUGUUUCUUUUUUGGAUGCCAAAGAAGUCUGCAUUUUAAGACUACAAGAUCCACAAAGAAAUCCUUAAGAAGAUUAUUCCAGUAU